AUGGUCGCUCCCGCUGGACUAUUCUCCAACCGAUACAAGGUCGAAGAUAUGCCCGACCUAACAGGGAAGGUAGCAGUCGUCACUGGCGGUUCCCGUGGAAUCGGUGAAGCCCUAGUAGGCGACCUAGUUCAAAAAGGAUGUAGAAUUCAUAUACUCUCUUCUACAGAGCAACACGCAGAAGAAACUAUUCAACAUGUUUCUGAACAUACUCCCAAUUCUAGAGAUCUGAUCACAUUCCAUCAAGUUGAUCUGGGUAAACUUAAAGAUGUAGUCUCACUCACAUCGAAACUUUCAAUUCAACUCGAUAGAUUGGAUUUACUUUUCUUAAUUGCCGGUAUUGGAGUAGCUCCAUUCGGUCUGACAAACGAUGGGAUAGGAAAUCAUUUUGGCGUCAACCAUCUAUCUCAGAUGGUGAUUACAGAUGGACUUUUAGAUCUGAUGAAGAAGACUUCGGAGUUGAAAAAUAAGGGUUCGGCAGAUGAUUUGGAAAAGUUUUCGACAAGGAUCGUAUCUGAGUCUAGCGAGUUACAUCGAGCUGCUCCAAGCGAUGUGAAAUGUGAGAGUUUGGAGGAAUUUAGUCAAGAGAGGGAUGCAACUGUCUUAUACGGUAGAUCGAAAUUAUUGAAUAUCCUCUUCAUCCGUCAUCUCGCUCAAUCCCAUCUCCCAUCCCUCACUUCCUCCUCUCCAAUCUUAGCAGCCUCGGUCCACCCAGGAGGCGUAGCCACAGAACAAGAGAAAGGCGCUGCUCAGGCGUACCCGAUACUAGGCAACGUACUGGAAGCCGCAUCAAAGGUAUUAUUCAUGUCUAGAGACCAAGGUGCCGAAUCAGCUCUUUGGGCAGGUGUGGGACAAACAUUCGCUAAGAGGAGAGAAGAAUGUCAAGGUAGGUAUUUCACAGAGGCGGAUGGUAAAGUCAAUAGCGAGUCUAAUCAAGCUAAGGAUGAUGAGUUGGCGAAGAAAUUAUGGCAGUUGAGUGAGAGGGUUCUAAAAGAGAAGAUAGGGUAUGAGAUGAAACAUUAA